AUGUGGAUGCCUAACUUCAGUGGUUCAGAGGAAAAGUUUGCAUUUACGUCGUGUUUGAUCAAGCAUGGGACAUUCAUAGAUGUCAUGAUGAUAAAGACGUCGUUGUUCCCUACAAGUAAGAAGUUGGAGAUAGAAGCGGGAGUGAAGAAGCUAAGAGCGCUUCAAAUAGAAGAUGACCAACUCGUGAUGUUUUCAGCAUAUUUCUCUAUGAUUGGUGAGUACGAGUUUUUAAUGUAUUUGUGGUUCAUUUGUUGA